AAAACCGAGUAGGCUAAAGUUAACUUAUGACAUAGAAACGAAUUAUUCAAGAUCAUUGUCAUAUCAUUUUGAUUAGAGCUCCCUAAUAGUUGUCACCUGAAAGUUGAACGCAUUCGGGCAGUAGAAACAAUGGCCACCGCUAUACAAUUGACUCACCAUGAAGUUCAAGGGCUAUGUCAGAAUUAUCUAAGGGAUAACUAUGAACCCGAAUCGAUAGCAGCUGAGAAGAAUUUUAAACUAAAUGUCAUUCGCUACAAGCUCAACCCCAUUUCGGAUAGUCCUUCGGGAUUUUUGGGACAUCAUCGUUUUCUGGUAGUCGAUGUGCACAUGGAGAAAAGUUGCCGCAUUGAAAUCAACAAAAUUCUCUUUUUUAUCAAGGCGGCGCCAGCAGAGAUAGCUUCCCGCAUGGAGUAUAUUGAGGAAUUUGGAGUUUUCAAAAAGGAGAUUGUGGUCUGUCGUGAUGUGCUGCCAAAAUUGCAGGAUAUAUUUGCAGGAGUGGCGCCGAAAUGCUAUUAUGCCGACAACAAUCUAUUGGUUUUCGAAGACCUACAAUACAGGGGCUACAGAAUGGCUGCAGCACGCAAUGGACUUUUGGAUUACAAACAUUUACAAUGUGCCCUCAAAUCAUUGGCAGCUAUGCAUGCUGCCUCUAUAGUUUUUGAGCUACGUGAGAAGAGAACAAUCGUUGACAUAUUCCCUGAGGCUGUGAUUGAAAAUGCCUAUCCUGCCUUGCCUUUGCCACCAGAGCAUGUGCGUUAUCAGAAUUUUGCCAAUGGUGUUGAAGUUUUCUUAGAGCUUAUCAAACAAAUGCCCAAAUACCACAGUCAUAUGGAUGUUAUUCAAGAGCAGCUAUACCCCAAAAUGUCCACGAUAUUCAAACUGGCUCAAACUUCCAAGCAUUUUCUAAAUGUCUUCUCGCAUGCCGAUUUAUGGGCCAAUAACAUCAUGUUUGCCUACGACAAAAGCAAUGAAAUACCCAUUCAAUGCCGUUUUGUGGAUUAUCAAUUGGCCCGCUAUGCUCCACCUAUGUUGGAUGUAAUUACCAUACUCACCAUACCCACCUCGCGUGAGUUUCGCUCCAAACAUCUGAUGGAUUUGCUGGGAGACUAUUAUCGCUACAUGGGAGAGUUUCUUUUGCGCGAACAGCUUUUAAUUGAGGAUUUUCUGAGUCCCAAGGAGUUUUGGCAAACAUUUGAGGAAUAUCGCAUUUGUGGUCUUAUCGAGAGUUGCCUAUUUUCACAUUUGACCAUAUUGCCACCCAGCUUAACGCAGAGUUUGACCUCUUCGACGGAUGGCUUUAGUGAUUUCUUCAAUAGAAAACGAGUCGAUUUGUGCUUGGCCGCCUUCAAAAGUGAUCAAAUCUAUCGGGAACGACUUUCUGAUAUGUUGGAAGAUGUUGUCGAUAAUUAUAUUUUAAAUAAUGCAAAUGGCAUGUCACAAGACUGA